AUGGGCGCCCUCCUCCAUACUGCCACCACGUUCUGUCUCGCCACAAACCUCGAAGAUGCAGUUCUGUCAACCUACCAGAGCCUCAACGACCUAUCCCAUUCAGAUCACACCUUCCGACCACCCGUCCUUCAUUUCAAGCUCGAUCGUCGAGAACUGGCCCCGUCGCAUUUGGAUGCCAGAUCGAUUCACAAACCGUACACCGUCGGAGAGUCUGUGUCACCACUAACAGCACCAUUCGAGUCCGGUUCCUCGGCCUCUCUCUCUUGUCCUUCCGACCAGUUGCUGUCUCCACCGUCGUAUACGACCUCAUCCUCUUCUUCCUCUGUAUCACCAUCUUCGGGCGCUGUUUCGGCAAUGCCGUGUGUUGAGCUGACGGUCCCGAUGACUGCUAUCCCCAAGGAGUUCGGCUACACAGCGACAGUUUCGAUCGGCACCUACAAAGUCAAGGGUACCGAAGACACAGAUCCUUCCCUUCAACAACUGUUCAACCUGUUGGUUGACACAGGCUCUGAUCUGGUUGCCGUGACCUCUACUUCUUGCACUGAUCCUGAAUGUGUCCAAAUCCGACACCGUUACAACCCUGACUUGUCGUCGACCGCUGCACCGACCAAGAACCAUCUGACCAAUAGCCCUCGGUGGGCGCAGAUCUAUGGCGACGGUACUGUUGCGAAUGGAACCCUUGUCCAGGACACACUCCGGUUCAUGUCGUCGUCCUCGUCUACGUCGUUUGGAGAGCCUCUUGAAGUUGUAGAUCAGCCCAUCUUGGUGAUAGACCAGCCCGGUCUACACCUCGUCAAGAGUUACGGGUACGGCGUUGAUGGGAUCUUGGGGAUGAACCUGCAGAGUCUGGUCGUCAGUCAGACGGUGAUCCAAAACCUCCAAAGGCUCGAGGCUGAAGAGAUCCAGCGAGGUGGGAGUGAGAGUCAGAUUGGAUAUAUGGGCCUGUGGUUGGGCAAGUCGAUGGAGGCUGGUCAAGGUGGAGAGUUGAUCUUCAAUGGGAUUGAUGGUUCCAGAUUCCAGGGACCCAUCCAUUGGUCGAAUCGUGGUUUGAGUCCGUUUGACUGGUCAAUUCUUCUUGACCGCGGUAUCCUCUUGGUCGAUCCCUCUUCUCCUGGUAGUGUUGUGACUUCUGCGGCCACACCAGCAAAAAAAGCAACAGUAAUAACGCCGACAAAAUUGCCUUACACACUCCCGAUGACAGAAUACACAUUCGCAGUUCUGGACUCGGGCUCGGACGGGAUUUACUUCCAACGCUCCAUCUACGAUGCCCUCUUUUCUCAAAUCCCGCAGGCCAAGAAACUCAAGACGGGCUACUGGCGAGUCCCCUGCAAGGGCCACCUAGAGCUUUGGGUCUGUAUCCAGGGGGAAGUCUACCGAAUCUCGUAUCAGGAUUGGGUCAAGAAGCCGACUGCUGCUGGGAAUACACCCGAGGUGGUAGCAGAGAUUGGGCCGGGGAUGUGUCAGACAAAGGUGUUUGGGAGCUCGCCGGGGCCGACGCUUUUGGGGGCCACGUUCUUGAGGACGGUUUAUACUGUGUUUGACUUUCGACGACCUGGGUAUGAACGAGUUGGUCUUGCGCACCUUGGCUCUUUUUCCUCCUCUUCCACAUAG